CUUUGGCAGUUUGGAUCACUGUGUCGGAGUCUGGGUCUUUUUCUGUGUCAUUCAGUGAGUUACAGAGAGAGCACAGUCAACAGAGCUGCAGGAUGGCUCAUCAGCUGAACGGACUGUUUCCUCGAUCACUGCUCAAAGCUUUCAGUGUUCUGAUCUUCAUCAUUCUCCUAAAGGAUGUCUGUAAUGGUCAGCCUCAGUUGAUUGGUCCAUCUCAGGCACUGGUGGCAAGAGCUGGUGAUGAUGUCAUUUUGCCAUGUCAUGUGGAACCUGCAUACGAUGUUUCUACAAAGACACUGGAGUGGACAAGAUCUUCACUUGACCCUAGAUUUGUCUACGUUUCACGUGCCAGUCAGGAACUUGAAAAAUUAAAAAAUCCUUCUUUCAAAGGAAGGACGUCAUUGUUUGUUGAUGAACUCAAGUAUGGAAAUAUUUCACUGAAAAUCUCCAAAGUGAAAUUUAACGAUACAGGGACAUACAAAUGCUAUAUUCCAGAUUUGGAAAAAGAAGCUUUAGUCAAGCUAGUUGUUGCAUCCGUUGCUGCCACCUCACCUGCCAUCAGUUUAUCAGGGAUUGACAAAAACAGAGGAGGAGUGGUGUUACAGUGUGAGUCUGCAGGCUGGUAUCCAGAGCCUGAGCUGCUGUGGUUGGACGGUGAGGGAAAGCUCCUCUCUGCUGGACCUACAGAGACCCUCAGAGGUCCUGAUGACCUCUAUACUGUCAGCAGCAGAGUGACUGUGGAGAAGAGACACAGCAACAACAUCACCUGCAGAGUCCAACAGAGGAACACCAACCAGAGCAGAGAGACACACAUACAUGUUCCAGAGGAUUUCUUUGAGAUCCCGUCCAGUUCUUCCUCUCUCAUCAUCGGUUUGGCUGUUAGUUUGGCUCUGUGCAUCAUGCUGUUAAUUUUAUCAGUUGUUGUUCUUUUACGUAGAAAGAAGAAACACAUGAUGAAGACCAACAGAAGCCCAGAGGAUCAGACUGAUGUGGAAGGUGCUGAAGUUCCUCUGAGAAAGAAUCAGACUGACUCAGGAGAUGCUAAAGGUUCCUCUGAAGAAGCCAGAGAGACAGAGCAACUCAAUAGCAGCAGCUCUUCUACCAAAACUAAGAAGCAGACUUCAUGCUGUCCUUUAACCUCAAGGAGGAAACUCCUGGAGGAACAACAGAGGAGGGAGGAAGCUGAAAAGAACCUGCAGGACAUUGAAGCAAAGCUUUCUGGAAACAUCAGUCAAGCCCAGGAAGACAAACAGAAGAUGGAGAGACUGAGAAAUGAGCUCGAUUCCACAAAACAACAGCUCCAGCAGGAGAAAAAAGCAGCAGAGAACCUGAAGAAGAAGCUGGAGGAGAAAAAUCGUGAGCUUUCUGGAAACAUCAGUCAAGCCCAGGAAGAGAAACAGAAGAUGGAGAGACUGAACAAAGAGCUCGAUUCCACAAAACAACAGCUCCAGCUGGAGAAAAAAGCAGCAGAGAACCUGAAGAAGAAGCUGGAGGAGAAAAAUCGUGAGCUGGAAAAUAAACUCAAGGAUGAGAAAAAGAGGAAUGAAGAAACAAAGGAAAAAGUCAAAGAGCUCCAGCAGGAGAAAAAAGCAGCAGAGAACCUGAAGAAGCAGCUGGAGGAGAAAAAUCAUGAGCUUUCUGGAAACAUCAGUCAAGCCCAGGAAGACAAACAGAAGAUGGAGAGACUGAGAAAUGAGCUCGAUUCCACAAAACAACAGCAACAGAUGAACAAACUACAGAAAGGUGACAUCAUUUUGGACAAGGUCGACAGAUAUGGCCUCUAUAUCUGUCUGAGAAACACUUCCAGUGAGGAUAAGAUGAUGACAGGUUGGGAGAUAAAACUACAGAUCAAAGACAGAGAAUUCAUCAUAUACAAAUUUCAAGAAAACUUGAAAGCUGGAGAAGGACUCACUUUAAAUGGAAAGGAAGCCAUGUGGAAUAGUGGAGACAACGUGAAGAUCAGCCUCAUCAGCAACACCGGAGAAGAGCACAGACUGAACUGAUGCUUUUUACAAACAAGAUUACGUCAUGUAAAUUCAGUAGAAUUACUUUUGUUUUUGAUGAAUAAAAGAACAGGAUGUUAUUAUAUUUUUCACAUAAUUUUUAAUUACUUUAACUUUUUUCAUUUAAUUAAAAAUAUGUAUUAAAAAAGUAAAAUCUUCAAAAAGUUUUCUUUAUUCUUUGAGGUGCAACACAAAAGUAGUUUUAACUGCAAUGACGUGGAUGAAGAUCAUGCUUCACUGUGUAUUUUUAAGCUGAAGCUACAUGAGUGAAAACUUCACAUG